CAACAACGCUAAGCAAUCCCAAGAGGAAUAGAAAGGGUGUUUUCUUCCCGAGAUAGGACUGCUAAGAAGGGGUCAAAGGGGUAUUAUGUGAAAGAGAGAACCUGAGUUUCUUGAGAAGGCAAAGGAGUAGGAAAGGAAGGGAGGAACAGUGAAGAAAGGGACGGAGAUACUGAUAUAGGGAGAAAAAAGUUUAGGAUAAUAGUUUUUAAGGAGUCAUUUGGUGGCCAUGGAUCCAACGUGCUCUUCUGAGUGCAUUUAUAACCUCAUACCCAGUGACUUGAAGGAGCCUCCCCAGCCUCCUAGGUACAUAUCAGUUUUUAAGGCAGCUAUAAAAGAUGACAUGCAAAAAGUUAAAACUGCAAUGAAAACUAUGGGACCAGCAAAAGUUGAAGUACCUUCUCCAAAGGAUUUCCUGAAGAAACAUUCAAAGGAAAAAGUUCUACCACCCAAACAAAAGUUUGAUCGAAAUCAGCCCAAAAAGCCUGCAGUGCCACUGAAGACUGAUCAUCCUGUCAUGGGAAUACAGAGUGGAAAAAAUUUUGUAAAUACAAAUGCAGCCAAUGUCAUCAUGGGAGUGGCUAAAAAGCCUCAAUCAAUUUACGUUGACAAAAGAACUGGGGACAAGCAUGAUCUUGAAACUUCAGGACUGGUUCCAAAGUACAUCAAUAAAAAGGAUUAUGGUAUUACACCUGAAUACAUUUGUAAGCGAAAUGAGGAAGUAAAGAAAGCUCAAGAAGAAUAUGAUCAUUAUAUCCAGGAAAAUCUUAAGAAGGCAGCUAUGAAAAGGCUUUCUGAUGAAGAAAGGGAGGCAGUUCUGCAGGGGCUGAAAAAGAACUGGGAAGAGGUGCACAAGGAAUUCCAGUCCCUCUCAGUCUUCAUAGAUUCCAUACCCAAGAAGACCCGCAAGCAGAAGCUGGAGGAAGAAAUGAAACAACUGGAACAUGACAUUGGUGUCAUUGAAAAGCACAAAAUUAUUUAUAUUGCCAAUAAGAAAUAAUUAAUUCUCAAAGUAUAGUAAUUUUAAUAGAAGAAAAAACAUGAAAAAUAUAGAAAUGAUACCAUAAGUUUUUCAAAGAGAAAAAAACUAUGAAGAGAAUAAAAAUAGUCUUAAUCAAAAUACUUAGGCAAUAUUUAAAGAAUAAUUGAGUUAUUCGCUUAUACAAUAGAAAAUUUUGUUUUUACUAGUAUUGCAUUUUCCACGUAAACACCAUCAAAGGUUGAGGCUGUGUGUCCCAGUUCUAUAAUGCAAUUCAUAAUUAUUAUGUCCUUGUUUCAUAUAAAUAUAAAUGUAUGGGCCCUAAAAAAUAGUCAGUACUCAGAACGUCAAA